GUGGCUUGCACCAAACGCCCCCUAUGGGUUUAGUUCCACGUUUUCGUAAUAGUACGCCACUUCCGUGGCAUUCUGUUGCAGAGUGUUGAAGAGAGCAGAGUUGUGAAGAACACAACCAAAAAAUAGCGAAAAAGGAGGAAGAAAUGUCUGCAAGAGGAAAGCGAAAGGACGAGGAAGAUCACGCAUCCGAGGGAGAUGCUCCUCCUUCCAAGACAUUUAAGAAAGAUUCUGACGAUACCGAUGAAAUCGUCGUCUGUGAGAUUUCAAAGAAUCGUAGGGUUAUGGUCAGGAACUGGCAAGGAAAGAUUGUCGUCGAUAUUCGGGAGUUUUAUGUCAAAGAUGGCAAGCAGAUGCCUGGAAAGAAAGGCAUCUCGCUAUCCUUGGAUCAGUGGAACGUUCUCCGAAAUCAUGUAGAAGAAAUUGACAAGGCUGUUAAUGAAAACUCGUCAGGCGAUUAGAGCAGGCAUCUUUUGUUGAUAUUAGUUGCAAAUGUAUCGCUUCCUAGGGUUAUUCUGCUUUAUGAUGACGUAACUGAGACCUUUGUACAGCUAAUGGGCUUGUUUUUGGUGGAAAUGAAGACCAGAGAGCAUGUAUAUUAGCAUUUGUAUUGGAUUGACAUUUUGAAUCGUAGACCAGAGACAUGAUAUUAUUAUAAUAUAGUAUGGCAUAACUGACAACA